ACUCCCUCACUCUUUUAUUCUCUUUAUUAUCAUCGCCGAUUAAUCUCGCAUACAUCUUCGCAGUCAACAAAACAGGGCCCUUCCAAAACAACGUCCACCAACGAAAAGCAUCGGAGAUAGCUGUGUCCGCCACCAGCAACAGCACUAGCACCAACACUAGCGUCCCCCAUCCUCGCGACCACUCGCACACUCCCCCCUCCCUUGCAGCCAGCUUCUAUUAAAUUCAUUCAUACGCUUCAUUUUUCCUCGUUUCCAUUCCCAUCCUUCUCCACUCGCUCGUCCCCCUCCCCCUCCUCCCCUCGCCUCGCCUUUUGUACAUAUAAACAAUCCCCCCCCCCCUUCCCGCCCACUCGUCCUACGCACAUAAUACUCCAUCAUGACCGUCUCCCUCCUGCCAGACCGACUCUGCCUGCUGCGGUUCCCUCGCGAGGACCUCGAGAUCUGCAGCCAUGCCAUCCUCAAGCACAUCCUCUUCCGCGACUACAGCCAUUCACAUAGAGAGCAUCGCAAAGACCCCCUCUUUUCCUACAUCGACAAUUCACUUGAGAUCUCCAUUUUCGGGGACGCAGAUGACAUCUCACGAGAUUUUGUGAAGGAACUCUGCCCGAGAAUCGAGAUCUCGGAUCAUAUUUAUCGUGCGCUGCAGGUCGAUAAUGUUUCUAUCUUUUACAUGAGCACGUACCAAACAGACCUGCUCUUUGUCCAAGAAAACCGUCUGCCUGUCGUCUUUACAACACUCUCGAAACAUGGCCUCCACAUGGCACUGGACGAGGAAGUCGGGACCACGCCGCCACACACACCCAUUCCUGAUCAACUUCAUUUCUGGAAACGCGGCAUGCAUGACAUCGAGGAGGAGGAGCACCACGAUGAGCAAAGUGGCGAUGAAAAGGCACAGUAUUCAGCCGCUACGGACUCGCGUCAUGUCACAAUGCACUCUGAAUUCUCGCUGGCCACACCACCUGGAUCCAGAAACUCAACCAGCGAUCACGAGGACGUGGAGAAUACUGUGCAAGUGGACACAAUAGAUGGGCUGGCUAGGCAGCUUAUGCCCCUGGAUAUCGUUUCGGCGCAGCAACAUGGAAGAGGAGCUCCGACGUGGACAUCCGCGGAAUCUGCAGAUAUUGACGCUGAAUAUGGUGUUAGACUUGAGCUGCUCAAGGCGUCCCCAACUACAACCACAGCAUUUGAACUUCGACAGCAGGCGGUUCGAACGCUGCCUCAAAACAGUCUCCGCUGCGUCGGUCUGAACACUGACCUGGAAGCAGGGCAUCAACCAUGGAUCCUGAAGGUCAUCAAGAUUCUUUUCUACCACGACGAAAUCAAGAAGGAGGCCAUCCGCGCCGGCAGAGGGCCGACGCACGAUGCACCACGGUUCUUUUCCUUUACCGCGACAUCAGAGUGUGUCUCCAUGAUUACGGACACUUACAUCUUGGAAGAGUUUGAGGAGCAUGAAUUGUUUAUGGACAUGGAGACACAUCCUCUCCGACUCAUCCAGCUGGAUCUGCAUCGCUUUGGCCUCGACAAGUAUGGUAUUAUCCACUCUGUCGCAAGGCUAUUGACGGAAGCAGGGAUCGACUUGCUGUACCUGAGUACGUUCAGUACCGCCAAUAUUUUAGUGGUCGAACACCGACUCUCUGACGCGGAAAAGAUCCUUAGCGGCAGUGACGCUAGUACGUCCCAGGAGUCUGAAUUUGAAGAAGGAUGUGAAGGAGACGACGAAGACGAUGAGAGUUCUUAGUAAAGAAAUAAAGGGCAAAUGCCUGACCUUCUAUAACUACAAAAAAAAAAA